AAAACAAAUUUCACAUAGCACAUAAUUUCGACGGAAAGUGUGGUGGGGUUGUUUGUCUUCAGGACCGCAACAAAAACAUCCUAACAGUCUCUACAAAUUGACAGCUUCGUUUUGAAGUUUGAAUUCUUUGUUUUGUUUAGAGGAAUUCAUUUGUCGUUGUUUUCACUGGCUUAGCCUCUUUCAUUCGGCGACAUCAUGUGUGGUAUUUUGUCCGUCACCGAUCAAAGUAAAUGAUCGUAUUAAGAAAGCAAUACAGAUAAAAAUUGACCUAUCGAUGGAUCUGGAAGAACUGUCGAACUUUUGGGCAAGGUUUCAGAUUGCCUUUUCAUGGGAUUACCCCGAAGGACUUGAUGUACAGACUGUACAAUCGGCGGUCUUUCACGUAGUAGGCGAUGGCGAAACCAGGUAAGCUGUUUAUCAUUGACGAACCUAUUUUGUAUACUUAUUAAUGUCGUUAACGUUUAAAUCAUGUGAAUUUUGUAACGGCAACGAAGGUUAAUCGUCUCAGUUUGAAUCAAGGUCUCGUUAUAUUGAGAUCGAUCGCUAAAAUAGUAUGGGGCUUUUCAGAGCGUAUAUUGAUGUAUAAAAAAUACCUAUUUCCUGUGGGGAGGAAAUUGUUCGCGCGAGAAUUUACAGCUUAUGUAGCGGGCCACAAAAACAGUUCAUUGAAUUAAUCCCUAGGGUGUUUAAAUAAACAUCCCUAGGGUGUUUAAAUAAACGCGUGUUAGUAGAUCGUAGAAGGUCGUUCUUUAUUAUUUCCUUAUAGCAUUUUUCUCAUUCAAGCCAAGGAACUAAUGUUUUGCAAGCAUCAGGGGGUCACAUAUAAUUUCUUCUUUCUUGUCACGCGAUUUUGCGAGAUAAUGGUUUUGUUAGCCUCAGAGUUAUUCCUAAAUGCCUCUUGUUAGGUUCACCAUAAGUGCUUUGACCAUUAAGUUUCCAGACAAACCCGUGUUCCAAUUAUCUGCUUGUCAAAUUCUCUUGCACAUGCACAUGUUGAUUUUACUGUUUGAAAUUAUAAUUAGGUUCCUAUUUUUAACUUGCUCAAAAUAAUAAUUUGUUUUUGGUACCAUUUUCAAAAUAUUCUAUAAUUAAAACGAAUAGAUAGAUCACGGGUCAUUAUUGUUAUGCAUCAGAUUUUCAUAUCCGUGAGUUGUGAUUAUAACUGCUGUCACAUUUUUUCCCAAAUAUUUUUUGAGUAAAUGUUAUUCUCUGUAUACUUAAGUAAACAUCAACAAAAGCAUGUGUAAAUGCCUUUUCAAUUGUGUACACAUUAAGUAGAUUCUUUUAUUAUGCAAAAUAUAGUCAGUUGUGAACAGUCUUUGAUUUGUUACUUUCAGUUAGUUAACAGGGGUUGCCAAAUGAUAGUUUGGCUGAGCUGAGGAGGUUUUAUUACAAAUUUCCAUUGUAGUUACAUAAAUAUUUAUACCUAAUAAUUAACUUGUGUAACAGGUAACUGAUUUGGCAAUCUUACUGCCCAAGAAAUAUGCUAUAGGAAAUUAUUAUAAUGUACAGUGGCAGUUGUGUGUCUUCAAAAUGGAUCUUGCAUAAUUUGGCACCCCUCGACCAACUAUUGGUCAAAUCUGUUGGCCAAUACUUGGUUUACAUGGCGGCCAACUCUCAAGCAACGUCCUAGGGGAGGGUACUCCAGAGUUCAAGUGAUGGGGAUAAUCAAAUGGGGGCAAAAAUCAAAACCCGAAAAUCAUGAGGGCUUCCAACAAAACCCCAGAAAAUUUCUGGACCAAAAAUUUCCCAUGCUGAAUUUCCGAGCCUUAAAAUUUUCCGGGAAACAUUAAAUGAUGUAACAUGAAAAAUAAAUUAGAAAUUGAAUGUUCGUGUUCGUGCCCUGGAUAUGUGGGCACCACCACAAAUCUUCAGAUUAUUUUGAAUACCCCAAAAAAUCCCUACUUAAAUGAAGCCACCCAAAAAAAUACUUGCCAAGUUUUCGUACCCAAAAAAAUCCUGGAAUCGAAAAUUUCAAACCCAAAAAACUCCUAUUGGUUGCCUAUCAGUAGACAUGUCAGCUGACUAAUCUGGGCAAUAUGUCGGUGGACAUCAGACAGCCGUGUAUGUUUGAAAUGUUGGCCAUGACAUAUUUAACAAUUAAUGAAUAAGGCUUAGUAUCCUAUGAAGAAUUAUGGAGAUCGAGGAGGGUGUUAUCCGUCAAGGCCGUAGGCCGAGGCAGAUAACACCCUCCGAGAUCUCCAUAAUUCUUCAUAUGAUACAAAAGCCGAAUUCAAGAAUUGUUUUAUUAUUCAUUCAAAAUAAUUCCUAGUUUAAAAACAAAGCUAAAACAUGCCUACCUAUACGAUAGUGCACAUUUAGGGUUUUUCAGCUCCACAAAUGUUCUCCAAAUAGCAGAUGUCGCCCUUUAAGUUGUGUUCUUGCUGUUCUUGCCAUGUUUUUAGCUAUAAUUUCGCCUAGUUCUUACUCUUGAAAUGAGUAAAAUGUCCACAAUUUUUUGUUUUCACAACCUCAUCCCCAGGUCUUCUCGGUUAACAGUGCUUUAACCUGCAAGAAUGCUGCAUUUUUGACGUCACUUCCUCGUUAAACACAAAAUUCUUCCAAAUUUGGUCAUCAGUUACUGAACUGGUUAUGGUGAAUUAUGCGUGUGCUUUUAGCCAAUCAGACUCGGGGAAAUAUUUUGAAUGAAUAAUAAUGGUUGAUAGUGUUGGUUAGUAUGUCGACAAAUAAGCCAAAAAUUAUAUCGAUUGAUAGGCCACCGACAUUCAGCAGAUACUGAACUGAAACUUGUGUGACUCUCUUUUUGGAGUUAUAUUUAUCUCCUGUCCACUCAAAUUUUUUUUGUUUCCAUUGUCCAGGCAGCAAUUUGUUCAAGGCACUUUGGUGGCUUUGAAAACCAAUAAUUAUUGGAAACAUAGUGACUGUGUACCACCAAACUUUGCUUUGGCUUGAUUUUUGGGGUUAUAAGGCCAAUCUAAUUGAAAUAAAGCUGUUUAACAUACGUAGAAAAGGGAAAGGGAAACAAUAAUAUAAGCAACCAAGAAGUAUAUGUUAUAGUAGCUAUGGAAAACGAACAAGGCCUUAUAAAACAAUGUUAUUUUAAAAAACUAAAUAUAGUGGAACAAGUUGACAUGGCAGAUAAAUUGACGUGAACAACAAAAAGGAACUAUUUCAAACCCCUGAACGGCAUUGCCUUGCAUCCAACACUGAAACCUACAAAGUGAUCCCGCUCCCUGCCACCAAAAUAUUAAGACAGAAUCCAUCAGGAAAUUAAGUAAUCUUUUAAUUUUUAUGGGACAAAAACCUUUUACCAGAAUAAUGUAAAGCAUAUUGCAUUUUUUCACACUUUUCAAGGGCUAUAGAAUGAUGUAAUUAGUUUCUGUAAUAACUUGGAAGAAAAUUUCUUAGUGGAGCCCAGAAAAUAAUUUCAAAUUUCAUCUUACACAUGAAAUUUUACCUGUGUUUUCAUAAUGCCUGUGAAAUUUGAACUAUAUUCUAUAUAAUUUCUAUUGACACGUGACACUUGCCAUAUUGACCAAGUGUUGACUGAGGGUUACAUAUGGUCACUUCAUUGCGUGGUCAGAUCAUUUCAAGCCAGAUCGUUCCAUUUUAUAGUCAGAUCAUUAGAUAAGAACUUUAUUUUAGCACGAUAAAAAGAUCAGCAUUGCUGGUGGGGUCGUGCAUACUAACAAUUACAAGAAAAAUAAGAAGUACGAUUAAAAACUAAAAACUGUUAAAAAUGUUUGAAAUAGGUCGUGAAAAUGUACAAUUAAAAAUUAAAACUGUUAAAAGUAUUCGUAACCGAUAUCUCUAUUUUUGGUAGUAGCUAAGAUUGGUUCGAAAUGCAUUUUAUCGGUAUCAAAUUUUACGAGACAGCGUUUAAAUUCUUUCAAGGUUUUGGCCCCUGUUUCCUUGUUCGUUAAAGUGUUCCAUGCGAUUGCUCCUCUAAAGCGUAUGGAGUUCCUGAUAAAAUUUGUUUCUGGUCUUGGAAGAAUGAUGUUCUCAUUUCUUCUGCAGCCUGAAUUCCUCUGUAAAAACAAAUUUUUAAAUUCCGUGACGGUGUAACCUUUUAAACAUUUGAAGACAAACUCCGUUAGUCGCAGUUUGUACAUUGUUUCCAAACUAUCCCAUCCAGUUCGCAUUAAGACAUCUUCAGCGCUUGUGUCCCAUGGCAGCCCAUUUACAAUCCGUCCAGCCCUUGCAUGGAGUUUCUCCAAGUUUUUAGGUGUGUCUUGUUGCACGAUCCCCACACUGUCAGACCGUAUGUAACUGAUGGCAGUAUCACUUUUGUGUAGAAAUCUUCUAAUUGCUUCUGAGGGAGGAAUCGCAUGCGUCGGAGUAGACUUAACUUGGAUACGAAGGACUUCGCUACAUUUGCAGCAUGAUCUGACCACGACAACUUGUUAUCAACUUGUACUCCGAGGAGUCUUUCUGAGGUUGUCCACUUUAUGAUGUUGUUGCCAAGGCGCAGAGCUUGGAUAGGGCCAGUAAAUGUUGAUUUGCGCUGCAUGAUCAUUGCUUUGCAUUUCUCUGGGUGUGGUACCAUCAAUUUCUGUCGCACCAUUCCUGGAGUUCAGCUAGAACAUUGUUUAAUGAGUUUGUUAGCAAAUCCAUCGUUUCUGCAAUACAGUAUAUUGUUGUGUCGCCUGCAUACAGGUAAGUUUCCGCAGAGCGUAGUGAUUUUGGGAGGUCGUUUGUGAAGAGGGAGAAUAACGUGGGUCCGAGGACCGACCCUUGAGGCACUCCGUGAGCUAUAAUGUGUGUAUCGGAGUCGGAUCCGUUGAUUCUGACGAAUUGUCUUCGUUCUGUAAGGUAGUUCUUUAACCACAGCCAGACAUCUCCUCUGAUUCCAAGGUCGCUCAGCUUUUGUAGCAAUAUAUUGUGCGACACUGUGUCGAAAGCUUUGGUGAAAUCCACAAACAGUAUUCCCACAAAAAGCUUUCUUUCUACUGCUUCUCUCCACCUCUCAGUUAGGUGUAUUAAUAACUGUUCUGUUGACUUUCCCUUUCUAUAAGCCCAUUGUCUGUUAUCGAGUAAAUUUUUUGCGUAACCACGUGAUUAGUGAUAUUACUUGCGAUGCAGGAUUCCAUUAAUUUACUUGGUAUACUGAGCAUAGACAGUGGUCUGUAACAUGUUCUGUCUUCCUCUCGUCCUUUUUUGAACGCUGCACUGACUCUGGCUAUUUUCCACUGGUCUGGUGGCUUGCAGGCUUCAACACUCUGUUUAAACACGCUCGUGAGAGAUAGGGCAAUAGACAUACCUGCAUACUUUAAAAGACGCGCAGAUACGCCAUCUGGCCCCGUGGCUUUCUUCACUUUUAACUUACAGAUCUUUUCCUCGAUUUCCUUCUGACUGAUCGUGAUGCUGGUCAUAAUCGGCAUGUCCACAUUCUCACGGCUAUGGGCGUGUAAUGGCUGAAUUUCAUCGGCGGGGCCAAUCAAUUUUUCAGCAAUUGUGCAGAAAUAAUCGUUUAACAUGGUUGCCUUUUCAGUGUCAUCUGUUGUAAGGGUUCCAUCGUCCUUCUUUAAUUGGUGGGCUUGUCUGUUUACUUUUGUUGUUCCUGAUGUCUUUUUCAGUAGUUUCCAGUAAGCAGCAGCGGAUUUUACUUCAUCGAAUAGAUUGGAGUAAUAAUCGGCUUUGGCUUUUUUCGUCAUUGUUGAGACUUUAUUUCUAAGUCUUUUAUAGUCAUCCCAUAGCAGUGGAUCAUUUGAUUGACGCUACCGUUUUCAGAGUCUUAUAUCUUUGAUUCAUGGUUAUUCUAAUUUCCUUUGUUAUCCAAGGCAGGCUGUUACUGCGUACUUUAAUUUGUUUAAGUGGCGCGUGUUCGUUGCACAAUUCUAUGAAGAGCAGGUUCCAUGCGUAAUAAACAUCAGUCGGAUCAUCAAAAACUUCGCAGACUUGAAAAGGCGCACGGGCAAUGUCACUUUGAAAGUUCCUCUCGUUGAAUUUGUUGAAGUUCCUGAUGGUAAUUAUUUUAGGCUGGUCUCUCGGGAUACUGGCUGAUAAGGUUGCAUAAAUCAUGUCGUGAUCUGAGAUACCCAGGGGACAUGUGCCCUUUUGUUUGACCAGAUCUUUUCAUUCCACAGUUUUAGUGUAAAACUUGAUGUUAAGUACACUUUUUUGGCUUCUUGGCUCAAAGGAUAAGGUAUACACAUGAGUAAUGCUCUUGUUUCUGCUUAUGACUCUAAGUUCUCACUAUAUUGUGGAACGAUCUUACUAUUUUGUGGGAUGAUCUGGCUUGGAACUAUCUGACCAUGGAAUAAAGUGAACGGAUAUGUCGACUGAUUUACAACCAAGUAUCGUCCUGUGGUGGUUGACAUGAUAUAUGUUGGGCGACACGUGGCUGGUGUCGGUCUACCAGUCAACUGAUGUGUCGGCGAACACCCUUUUUUACAGCUAUUAUUUCAGUUUACAUGUUUUUUUAAGUGUGGAACACUUCUUUAAGAUAUAGUGGCAUCUUGAUGGUUAUUAAGCAGAUGUUGGACUGCGUACACUUGAGUUUUACAAUCUAUUUUGCAUGAUGAUCGUUCAAUAUCGAUCCUCUGCUGUAUUGGAUACCCUUUUUGCCCCGGUCAGGCUGACCACCAAGCAUAAUUUUUUUAGUAGUGGUAUUUAAUUUUGAUAUUCAUUAUCUAUUUUUAAUGUACAUGUAGACAUGCACUUAAACUUAUUUCUGGAUCAGAUAUAAUUUACCAAGUACUGCAGAAUAAAUGCUGUAGUUCAUCAUUUUACCCCCAGAGCCCAGGAUCAGCUUGUUGUUGGGUGUGUCCAGUCUGCAGGUGCAGGUGUGACUCUUACACGACCAAGAUCAGACUCUGACAUCAUUCCUUGUGAAAUGAGUUUCACUGCACAUCCUAUGGCUCAGGAGUUUUAUAUCAAGAAUAUUGUUAUUGUUUCUGAAGCAAGAAAUGUUGAGUUGUACAUUGAUGACAACUAUGAAAGAACAGCAAAGGGAAUAAUGCUUACUAUUAGAAAAGGAAGGUAAUGUGGAGUUAUCAUUGUGCUGUCCAACCCUUUUGUAAUAAGGUUAUAAUCCUUUAAAAACCUAAUCAUUGCAUUUCUUAUUACAAGGAUAAUUUUCUAUCUAAUGGAUAAGAAAUUUUUUUAUGAUUAUUACUUUCAUCCAAAUUUUAGUGUCUAAUGCUCAGAUAACUUUAUAAUAAAUGAUGUUAUGCAGGUACUGGUUACUGCAGGAUUUCUUUAACCCACACUGAGAUAGCCAGAUAUAGAUGGCUUUGGUGCACAGCAUUAAUGGCAGGGUUCUCAAUAGAUUUUUAAGUAGGAGGUGAUCACUGAUAAAGUAGGAGGCUCUUCAGCAAAGCCAGAGGUGUCAAAACAAAGCAAAGAAAAGCGACUUAAACACAAAGUAAGCGGCUAUAAAUCCCAAAGUAAGCGGCGAUCAAUCGCCGGGUGCCGCCUUCUAUUGAGAACCCUGAAUGGUGUUAUGGGAAUUGAACUUAAUCAACUAAUAUUUUACAAUAGCUGUUGAUAGUCACUGAAACAAUGAAAGGUUUUGAAUCCAGAAGUCAAUUCAUAGUAGGUGAAAUGUGAUUGUCCGGGUGUGUGUAGUCCUGGUCAGGAAUGUUGUGGACAGUGACUGACACAUUUCCAAAACCUGCGUGGUACAUUAAGUCAUCUUCAAAUUCAAAGUGAGUUGUAUCACAUGACAAUGUCUGCUGUUAAAGUGCAAUGAUUCUGGUCAUCUAUUAGUAAAGCUAUUGUCAUUGCAGUGUGCUCAAUGCUGGUUGGGUAAUUUUCUCUUCCUCUGUCACACAAGCACAAAAUUUUCCAAAACCUUCACUAGGAAAUAAGGCAUUCAGCAAUUUUUCUCACAAUGGUUUUUAAAAACAAAAUGGACCAGAAGCCAAUUGUUUAUGCACUUAUAACUUAACAGGCAAAUCCAGUUUCACUUUUUUAAUUUUAUGAUGUCUUUUCUAUUAUAUAACUCAAUAGAAAACAGUAUAGUCGGUUUGCUAAGUGACAUUUGCUUGCAGCUGCAGGCUUAGUGAGAUAAUACGUUUACAAUGUUUUCAUACAUUUAUAUUUCAUUGCUUUUCAGAAAAGUUUCAUUAUUUGAAACUGAGUUUGAUCUGACUGAGUUUAUUCAUGGAACUUGUCGCUGCUUAAUAAAGGUAACCCAAAUUUAUUCAUUUGAUAAUAUUAUUCUAGCGUUUUUUAUUUAUCAAUACUGUGCUGAAAAAAGAAAAAAAAGUGCUCAGAGGGUGUAGCUGAAGUUAUGCACCUCUACGUCCAGGUUGGUUAAGUUAUUUGUUUACUCUAAGUUCUCACACAUACUGAUGACGGACAAAAAAAAACAAAAUAAAAUAAAGUAAAGUACUUAAAAGUAGAUAAUUUUCUUAAAGCUAUCCAUGAUAAAGGUCAUUUUUGCCAGCAAACAUGUAUGUGAAUACAAAUAUUUCUUUCUUUCAGUUUUUGGUGCGCGGUUUUGAGACUGGAAAGAGUCUUAGUUCUUAGAUCUUUGUUUUUGAGAGAGUGAUAUUUUUCUGUCAUUGUUAUCACAAGGAAAACUAACUUUUGUGGAAAAAUCUUGUUAAGGAAAUCUUGUCAGACGGUGUAAAGAGGGCUUUGGAGUUUCCUAACUUGUAAACUGUUUCCUUGUUUGUGUUUAUUUUACUCCAUAAAUGGCAUCAGACAUACGCUAUUUUUUACUGCUAGACACAAGUAAGGCCAUUGGUUCAAGUGACUUCUGCGCGCAAUCAUUUUCUCUUAUUUUUUUACCUAAACUGCAUUAAUCGGUAUGAGAAUGUUUGAUUAGAAAGUUGCUUACUAGACAAUCAGUAUCUAUUAUGAUAUAUAUGGCAGGGCUGAAAAUAACAGACAGCAGGUGGCCGGUCAUGAUGACCGGCCAAAUAUUUUCUUGCCCGGCAAACCCCGAUUCUGGCCAGUCAAAUAAUGAAUACUAUAUUUUUUUUUGCCUAAGGAAUAUGGAAUUACACUGGCAAUAGAGCGAUCUUACUACAUUGAAUGACGUUCGCAUUUUUGACAGCAAGUUGGUGAAAAUGUAUUCACACAUUGUAGAGUUCCUUUUGGCAGUUUUUGCGCGUUUUUAUGUCCGUUCUACCUUGAGUAUCUUUGUACGGCAGUGUCUGAAGUCUCUAAAGGUAAAAAGUGAAGCUUAAUCCUUUUCAAACUCUCAAGGUUUAGGAAAUGGAAUACAUGUACAGUUUAAAAAAAGUUUAGGAAUAAUGAAAAAAAAUGAUUUGGGUUAUUAAAGAACAAAAUCUGCACAUGUUUGUUUCACGUUGAUGUUCAGAAAAGAACAUCGGUGAAACUUGAUCUUUUUCCUUGCUGGGCAAGUGCUCGAAAGUCUCCUCCACAAAGAAGAAUCGUCGCUAAUAUUUCAGCAAAGAAGUUGAAUUGCAUUGUUCCACAAACAGUGUGUUUGUUGUCAAAAGUCAAUAGAUAUACAGCAGAGCUUUCAUUUGGGUCAUUGCUCAACACUUUAUAGUGAAGGGCUCAAAUGUCAACAGAAGUUUCCAUAAAGUUGUUUACAAGAAGGAGAAUUAAGUGCCAAGAUAGACGACGAUGUUCCGUCUCGAUUAGCUUAAAUUUUUAUCAGACUAUUCUGGAAUCGAGUCUGCAAACGAAAUUCUUGUUCAACAUAAAGAAAUUAUUAUUAUUAAUAAUUGAUGCACAAACAUUAUUCCCAGGGAAACAGAGGACGACCUGUUUGCCCAAAUUCCGUCAAAUUCCGAAAGGAGGUCACAUUACUGAUUACAGUAAAGCAGAAAGUACAGUACAACCAGCAAUGUUGCGUUACUCCUCCACAAGUCAGUUUGUUAUUCACUUUGUUGCGUUUCAUUACAACAUGAUAUGAAAUUAAUUUAUUGCGGCAUUCUUUUUCUUAGAAGGGUUUACUGCAAAGCAGCAAAACACGCCAAAGAAAAAAGAAAUUACUACAGCGUUACAGAACAUUAAGCGACAACUGUAUGGAAAAUAAAAUGUUCGUAUCCAAAAAUGACCGGUCAAAAUGACUGGCAAGACCGGAGUUUGACUGGUCAAGUCCGCGAUCAGGCCGGACAUUGUCCAUUGACCGGCCGUUAUUUUCAGCCCUGUAUGGCCCCAGUUGUUCAAAAGAUGGAUUAUCCAGCUAUCCACUAAGUAAAUCCCUAUCCAGUGGAUAAUGCAAUAAAUAAUUGGUUUCCUUAAUACUUAUCCACUGGAUAGUAAUUUAUUCGUUGGACAGCACUAUAUGACAACUUAUAUUUGAGCAACCAGCUUCUGAUUGAUAGCUUUUUGUUUUUAGCACUCGGUAUUAAGAGAUGUCUAAUGAUCACUGUUUUGUUAUAUCAUAUAGUUUCUAUCAUUCUCUGAUGAACAGUCUAUGAGACUCCAGACGAUUGUUGUAAGAGUUGCAAGAUCCACUGUUCCUGCCAUCUCAGCUACACAGGUUAGUUUAUAAGUAAAUUUUACCUCUGAUAUUGUGAGUGGAUUAAGAUAGAUCAGCUUCCAGAACUAAAAAUAUUAGGUUCCUUAUCCAAUGAAGUGCAUUUGAGACUGGUUAUACUGUGUGGACUCCUGGUUGCAGGUAACAACCUUGGACUUAUUAGUUUCAUUAGAUUAAUUUCUUACACUCUAUCGUAGAGGUUGGUUUACUUUACUUAUACAUAACUCUUCCAGUGGUUUUCAAGGAAGUAACAAUACCAUCUCCACACCAAACCAACUUAGAAGGAUUUCCAUUUUACCUUCAUAGAUAAAUAUUAAAUUUUGGUUGUUAAUUAAGGACCCUCUGUACCCAUUCAUACCCUUGGUUUUAUUGCCUGUGGUGGGUGGGGGGGGGGGGGAGCUGUACUCUCAUAAAGUUUUAUAAGGGAAGGCUCCGCCCUAAGGUCCAACCCCUUACCCUUUUAUAAUUAUACUAAUUUUGUCUGAAAAGAUCCCCUUUUCGUAAACCUUCUAUUGAAAAACAAUAACCCUUUCACAUACUUACCGGUAGUUCACAACUUUGCAUCCCUUUUAACUGCUGUAUUAAAAUUCACUGUCUUUAAAAUACAAAUAACUCACAAAACCAGAAUGUUUUAUCGACUUUUUUACAACCAAAACAAUACAUCUGAUAGCCCUUCUUGGCCUUUUUACAGACGGAAAUGACAGAUUUCCGUACCCUUUCAUAUACCUGAAGCCUGAAAAAGGUACCCCUUUCAAGCAGAGCAUCACCAUAUAGGCCAUUAUAGGGAGUACCCCCCCGGUUUUAUUGUCUCCUUUGAGCAGGGGCAGGAAUGGGGGGGGGCUGUUAGAUGGUGGGGUAGGUGUUGUUAGAUAUUUCCUGGCAAAUUAAAAAUGACACACACUGAACCACCAAGACCUCAUUUAUGAUUGGCCAUUUUGAUGUUGUGAGACUGUUUAGUUAUUAUUUCUUUUAGUAGGCUAUUUAAGAAUGUUGCACCGGCAACUGGGUUACACUGGUUCCACAGUGUAAUUUGACAUCACACCGUCUCAUUCUCAUUUACAACCUUAAAAAGACCAAUUCAUAGUACUUCACAGAAAAAACCGUAAACAGAGUAUCUUUAGAUUACCUAAAAUUACCUGCAAUUUUCUUGGCCAAAAUUAAGAUUAGUAAUGGACUUAACAAUAACUGCAUUGUUUGAAGCUCAUUUAUUAGACUGGUAAUCCUGGGUUAAGCCAGCGUUACUCCUGGAGUAACAAAUGCUGAGUUGUUUUGGUAACUAUAACUCAGCCUGGAUUUGAGUGCUUUUAAAACAAUGCAGUCCAGAUCUACAAUGAAGUUGGAGCUAUUUAACAAACUCUUAGCUUUGAUUGAUAAAGUCUUGAACCUCCAAAGUUAACAACAAAUUCCUGAUAAUUUGUUUGUUAUUAAACAUUGUUGAAAAUAUAUGAUCAAUUUAAUCCAUAGGGUUUAAUCCCCGGUCAAGUUGAUAUCACAAAUGUGAGAAGCUAUUUAGACAGUCUGGGUAAACAGCUUUCUCCAGAAGCUCAGCAACUCCUGGAAACAAUAGAAAGCAAACAAAUGGUUAGUAAAUCCAUGGAGAAAUUGAAAAGGGUUAUGUGUAUCACGGGCUUAGCUACCUGUACACACAGCACGCAUAUGCAUACCUGAAUAGCCGGGAAAAGAUCCGUUUCUCCUCGCUCUUCGCCACUGGGGACGUUGAGAAGAAACGGAUGUUUUCGCAGACUAAUACCUGAAAAAGUUGUAGAUGUCUGAAUUGCCAGUGGGAUGAUACAAAUCAAAAAAGCAUUGUUUUUUCUUUCUCGGUCAUUCUUCGCAGUAGACAAAGUAGGGCAUGAUUGCAUCAACGUAGGGUGCUUUUGUUGGUCACAAUCAAUGUGGCAAACAGCAAUACAAAAAGUCAUUCCUUUAUAAACAGUACGGUGCUUUUGUUGGUCACAAUCAAUGUGGCAAACAGCAAUACAAAAAGUCAUUCCUUUAUAAAUAAUGAAUGUAUGAGAAACUAAUACCUUGUUUGCUAAUAAGUUAUUAUAUUCAGCCAAUGAACCCAGAAAGGCGACAAAAACUUUUAACGCUUCCAUGAACCUUACCGUAAAUCAUAGAUUAAGGACUUUGGUGGUGCAAAUUGGAGGUGGGGGUGCAGGGGAUUUGGAAAAUUGUGCUUACCAGUGCAAAAAUCCUGGCCACACCCCUGUGUAUCCCAAGCUUUUGAUAUCGCAGAACUUUGUCAACCUCUCUGAUUUACCUGCAGCACAUCUGUAGCUGUAAAUUACUGCUGUGAAAUACAACACAGAUGGAGGAAGCUGUCCCACUCUGCCCCACUUACCAUUAUAUCUCUUAGCUAGGUCCCCAUUCUGUGAUUUCGAGAGUUGCGUUAAGAGUUUUAUAUUUUGUCAGACCUUUGCUUGCACUCAUAACGUGUUUUUUUAUUUUGUGAAAUGCAUAAGUCAUUUGACUUAAGGGAUAUCCUCCAAGCUAAGUAAAGAGCUCAGUAUUGAGAUCACUCAGAGUCCUUAUCUGGAAUUACACAAGCUUGAUUAUUGGAAAUCCUGCAGAGUUGUGAUGCAUGAAAAGUCAUGUCAUGUCAUGUCAUGUCUUGAUUCCAGGUGCAAAAUGGUCAUGUGAUGGAUCGUAUCAGAUCACUCAGUGUUGGUAGUGGUCCUCGCUCCGAUCUUGGUGCAUCUAGUUUUUCGGGAAGUGAAACCAGCAUCUUAGCACAAGCAAUGGUGCGUGCUAAACAGUUUGAGGAAGAAGAGAAACAGGAAAGGAUGGGUAAGAAUUGUGUACCAUUUAAAAUCCUAGGAACUGAUAUUGAAUAUCACAUGACUGGAUUACGCUGAAUGCAUUCCAUUCCCUUAUUUUUCCAUGUAACUUUCCAUAUAUGUGGACGGGUUCUUGAUUUUAAAUGGCCAGAAAAACCUUAAGAGAGUGCAAUGUGUCAGCUGAAUAUGCUCCCCAUUCUGCGUCAUGACCCACUGACAGCCGAUGUUAACUGUACUAUUAGCCCCAUCUCAGGGGCAAUUUGUAUUCCCCCGGGCAUUCCCCUUUAAGACUAAAUGAAUUGUAAGUCCCAGUUUUCGUUUUGUUUUUGUAGGGGGAGAUUUACCUGGAAGUCCAGAGAAAGAUGAAGGCUUCAUUAACAUGUUAGCUGGUCUGAUGUUAGAGAAGAGCCCCGAAGCGGCAGCUAACACCCGGCCAGCGGAGAAUGGUGACGUAGACCCACCUGAAUCGCCAGCGCUCGCAAAGCAUCGCUGGGAAACUUACCUACAGUCGCGUGUCCGUGCCUCUCGCAAUAUGGUCCAAAGGUCUAGACCAGUUUCCCUUGGGAGCGCACUUCCUAAACCCACCCAUUCCCAGAUGAAUCCUCGGACUCAGUCGUUCUGUUUAGGAGACAAGCGAACUGUUGAAGGAGUGGUUGCCGAGCAAGCACCUGCACCUCCCCCAUUAGGGAAAGCUGAGGCGGAUGGUUCAGACUCUGCAAAUAGAACUAGGUAAGGCGGCGGGGCGGCGGAGGAGGGGGGGGGAAGGGUGCAGUGAGGUAUAGCAGGUAUAGCUGAGUUAAGGGAGCAGAAGCAUACAAGUAUUUAAUAGAUAGAUUUAGAGCCGCGCUAACGGCAAACUUGAAUUCGUACCACCUGGCUAAGUUUUACUCUUUACUUCUGCAAAAAAAAAUAGUAGUUUUACAUUAGUUAUGUCCAUAGGAACUGUUUUGGACUGUUUUUUGACUGCUCAUUCCCUAUUUUGAGAAAUUCUCAACUUGAAUCUGACGUUUGCCGUAAGCAUGACUCUAAAUCUCUCUAACAUCGAUAUGUAAGAUAAAUGUUUAAAAAAAACAAGCGUAAAACAAGUUUAUUAAGUUUUGUUGUCAGAAUAAAUGGACCGUCGUCGGUUUCACUUUGUUUCGUAACAAGUGAGUUCUCCAUCAUGAGAUUUGUUUUGUUGUUUUUGCACGAGAAUUUUCUUUGAAGAAUUGAAUAGCAAUCAAAACUUGAUCAGUUAAGACGUAAAACUGGGGGUGGCACGUUAUAGGAAUGAAUAUUGCAAAUCAACUAACUAUUUUACCUACCGUGGGUUUUUUUUUUCUGCAGGUGCUCUGAAUGUGGAUGUCCCGGAUGUCUUUCUGUUUACAACUCCAUCACAACAAAUAUAUACGCCGCAGAGAAAAGGAUUAUGGGACGAGUAGAUGCUAAGCUUCAGGCUUUACUCGAGAACAUGAAUUCGAGGUUUGACAAUCUUUUCGAGAGCCUACUUUUACGACAAGAGCAAAUGUUAUUGGGUUUUCAGAGCACCCCGAAGAACAGCUUUUCCAGCAGCAGAAAGUACCCGCAAAGAAAUGGGCAUAAAGGGGGUGAUACGUCUGUCUAGAUGUCAUUGACAUGGGAUCUUCUAGACUUGCGAAGACUGAAUGUGAUAAUUGUACUACAUACACUGCUGGUAAAAUAUGGAGAAGUUUUGCUAACAAGGAUAUGGCAAACGGUUUGAUUUGAUUCGACCUUUGCACUGUUCAUGAUAAACCAACUUGAAAUGGAUAACUCGCAAGAUUGGCUCUAGAACAGCCGCUUAGUAGAAAGCAAAAGAAAAACACACAGUGAUACUACUGCAUUGCAGUUAAUGACUUGAUUACUUGAGAACCGUUUGUGAAAGUUAACGUGAUCAAAUUUUCCUUCAUAACAUGGACGUACGCAUUUCUCGCUUUUUUCAAUCAAUCCCUAGUCGUGCAAUUAGUAGGUUGUUAAUCACUGACAGUCUUUUUCCAGUUUCCCUAGAUUUUUAACAAUUGUAAAAGUUGUUUUUAGUCCAUCAUAUUUCAUGAUGUAGUUAAAUAUUUAUAUAAUGAACGUAUUAUCAAACACUAACAUGUACCUCGUUUUAUGGACCUGAAUGAGUAGCUUUUAACAAUCGUUAAAAUAUUAACUACGUGGCACUCAUCACGAACAAAAAAAAACAAUCAAAAUUUAAAUGAAGUUGCUGUAGCCCAUUUCAAGCGCAGUAAAAUACGCUCAGUCCGUUUUACUUGCACUUGACAUUGGUAUGUUGUAUGUUACCCUGAUAUUAGUUCUUAUUUCUUCUGUAGGGAUUUCCAUAAAAACUUAAUACGCAAUCAUUUACCUUUUAAAUGAGUUAAUCCUUCUCGAUGCUCGUCUACUGUCGCAGUCGUACAAUCUGCAACGUUGCUUGCAACUUUGUUGGGCACCUUUAACUGUUCAGGUUAUUCGAAUAAAUCUCUGGUCAAAUUUCCCCCUUCUUUUCGAUUUUAUUUCUAGAUAGUCGUUUGACAAAUUUCAGCUUAGCGUUUCUCCAAUUGCUGUAGCGUUUAGCCACGUCAAGUGAAAAAUGUUGCCCGCAAAUUUGCAAACCACUGUUGCAAUGUGUGCGUCUGAGCCUUUGUAUUCAAUUACGUUAACAUAUUAGCUUGUAUCAAUAGUUUUGUUGUCGAUGCCGAAAAGAAUCUUCAUUAAAUUAAGAAAUGUUGGAAAAAAGAAACAAUUAAUUCCAACACAAACUUUCAGCGGA